AUGGGAGAAUCCCCGGGGCUCGGGGCUAAAUCGCCAAAGGGAGAGCGCUCAUAUACAUACGACUCCCUCAUGCGAUUAAACAAUAUAGAAAACUGUUUAAUCGAUAUGAGAAGGUCGCGUGAUAAUGUCAUGGCUAAUAUUGAGGGUAUACUUGAACGGGAGAAUAAUAAACUUCUUUUGGAAAGAGAAAAAAAUUCAGAAUCGUUGAGAUUGAAUCGAUACGAAGAUGAUAUCGCUAAACAACGAAAAAAACUCGAAGAAGAACAACACCGUCUAACCACACUACGUGAAAACUUCCGUUCUCGCCGUGCGGCACUCGAGGACGCAAGGAAACGAUGCCAAACAGGAUAUGAAUAUUUGGAGGAAAGCCAAAGAAAAUUGGAACGAGAUCGGUUUAAGGUCGUAUUGAACGGGGUGCAUGUUCUUAGCGAGGCUCUGUCCGUCACCUCUUCCCGCUUGUUUGCUCGUCAACGGGAAUUGAUUGCGGACUUGCUUACCAUCUUUCCCAUUGAGCCGAUAGACAACGAUGCGCUUUCUUUUAAGAUUCUCGGUCUGCCAUUACCCAAUUCUGUAUUCAAUCAUGGCAAUGACGAGCAAAUAGCAACGGCGCUCGGAUUUACAUGUCAUCUAACCCAGAUGCUUGCAUUUUACCUUGCAAUACCGUUAAGGUUUCCCAUGACACCAAUGUCAUCGAGAUCGAUAAUUAACGAUCCAAUAUCGGCUUCAAUACCAGCACCGCGACAGGAAUUUAUACCGCCAUCUGUGGCGUAUAUACCAUUCUUGGGUUUGUUAAACUUGAUUUUGGUGGGAUUUUUCUUGGGGGAAGGAGGAUUGCGUUACGUGACCAACAACAAUCAACUUGGAGCCCUAUUUCCUUUAUACAUGAAAGGAGUUGACCGUGGUCGGUUUGAGUACGCUGUAUUUCUGCUAAACAAGAAUAUUGAGCAGUUGAUGAAUUCACAAGGACUGUUACGCGUGGAUCUUCGUAACACACUACCAAAUCUGAAACAUUUCAUAAUUUUUCUAAUUUCGACAUCGUCCAAUCAUUAUCGAAAAUUUGUUCCGCAUAAUUGUACAAUAUCGGCAAACAACAACAGCAGUUCAGUUUCCAACGUUAACAGUAAUAAUAAUAACGAGCUGUCACUACUACAUAGUAAUCGAAGUGGGAUCGCGAGUGGUCGAAGCAGUAUAAAUAUACCGUAUGAUCAAUACGAAAUAGGAGUGGAAGUCAAUAGUAAUAAUUUGUAUCACCACCAGAAUUACGAUGGGCCACCGUCGAGGUCAUCAUCACGGAGCAGUACAAGAUCCUUUGAGACGGUUAAUAAUAAUGAUGAUAAUGAGUCAGUGUCAUCAACUCCUAAAAGAACUUUGUUGAGUCCGCCGAUUGCUAUAUCCAGAGUCAUUGAAAGUCAUCGUAGGCGAACUGCUGGGUUUGAA